AUGGCGGUGGAGAUUCCUUUGGGUUGUGACCCAGUUUCUCAGAUGCCUUUCUUAGAAGAGGAUCCUUCUUGUGAAAACGGAAAACCAAAGCAAGAGGGAGACUGCUUGGAUGUUCCUCCGUCAGAACCCCUUGAGAAACUUCAACCAUUGGUAGGAUAUCCCUCAGGAUUCUUGCAAUAUCCCCCAGGACAGCAACCCAUUGUCACUCAACCUAAGGACUGGAAAACUGUAAUACCAAACUGUUCACGCGGACUGGAGUACCUGGCGACCAUUGACCAGCUUUUGGUUAAGCAGAAGGUCGAAAUUUUCGAGGCCAUCACUGGUUUUGAGACCAACAACCGGUACUCCAUCCAAAAUGCCUUGGGACAAAGGGUGUUUUACGCGGUGGAGGACACAAACUGUUGCACUCGCAACUGCUGUCCCGAAAGACCCUUCCACAUGAAGAUUUUCGAUAAUUAUCUCAAGGAAGAGGUGAUCCAUCUGCACCGUCCCCUGGGCUGCUCCUGUAUCUGCUCUCCCUGCUGCCUGCAUAGCAUUGAGGUAUCGGCUCCACCCGGAAACGUGAUCGGUAGAAUCCAGGAGGAGUGGUCCAUUUGCAGACCCUGCUUCCGCAUCCUCAACCAAAGUGGAGAUCUCGUGCUGCGCAUCGAAGGACCCUCAUGUUUUUGCUCAACUUGCUGUAAUGUCAACUUUAAUGUGCUAUCUUUGGAUGGUGAAGAGGUCGGCAGGAUAACAAAACAGUGGUCGGGACUUGGUCGUGAAUUGUUCACCGAUGCAGACAUGUUCGGCAUGACCUUUCCAAUGAACAUGGACGUUAACCUAAAGGCAGUUCUACUGGGCGCAACAUUCCUAAUCGAUUUUAUGUUCUUUGAAAAGCAAUGUGACUGCUGUUUCAGAUUUUUCGAUUGCUGCCUUGGUUGCCUUAAUAAUGCAUAA